CAAACCCCAAUAUAAGGACAAAACGCGUCCCUAAAAUUCCAGAAUUUAAACUCCUCUCUCCUUCUCUCUCCAGAAGCUGCUUCUCCCUGUGGUACCUUCUCACUCUAGAAAACAUGGCUUUACCAAACCAGCAACAGGUUGAUUAUCCCAACUUUAAGCUCGUGAUUGUAGGUGAUGGAGGAACUGGGAAGACAACUUUUGUUAAGAGGCAUAUUACUGGAGAGUUCGAGAAGAAGUAUGAACCAACUAUUGGUGUCGAGGUUCAUCCACUGGACUUCUUUACAAACUGCGGAAAGAUCAGAUUUUAUUGCUGGGAUACAGCUGGUCAGGAGAAAUUUGGUGGUCUCAGAGAUGGUUACUACAUCCAUGGGCAGUGUGCCAUUAUCAUGUUCGAUGUUACAGCCAGGCUGACGUACAAGAAUGUUCCAACAUGGCACAGAGAUCUAUGCAGGGUCUGUGAGAAUAUCCCGAUUGUUCUCUGUGGUAACAAGGUUGAUGUAAAGAAUAGGCAGGUGAAGGCGAAGCAAGUCACAUUCCAUAGGAAGAAGAAUCUCCAGUACUAUGAAAUUUCUGCAAAGAGCAACUACAACUUCGAAAAGCCUUUCCUGUAUCUCGCUAGGAAACUCGCUGGGGAUCCCAAUCUUCACUUUGUUGAGGCUCCAGCUCUUGCCCCACCUGAAGUGCACAUUGACAUGGUGGCCCAGCAACAGCAUGAGGCAGAGCUCGCUGCAGCUGCAGCACAGCCUCUUCCGGAUGACGAUGAUGAUGCUUUUGAGUGAGUGGGCAUGUAUCUUUGUUUUCGACAUGUUUGCUUUCUUGUUUCUUUGGUCGGCUUCAUGUCUCAUAUGGAAAUGGCUAGAGCACUUUGUGAAGAGGGAUUUCUCCAUCUAGAGAGAGGUAUAUGUGUUCUUUUCAGUCUUUUUAUUGUUUGGGUCUCCCUUUUGGGUGCGCCUUGGAGUUUUGAAUAUAUAUAUGUUCAAUGAUGAUGCAUCAUAUCAGAGUUUAAGAGGAUUCAGCAAAUGGUUUGCCUUUUAUUGAGUAGGAGGAAUUUUGAAUUUGUUGGUUGGUA